AGUGAUAACUGAGGUAUCACUGAAACAUUUUGGUAAUAAUCACACAGCUAUCUGUCUGUGCCUCAUUUCCUGUACAUUUCCUGCCCGCAAAGAUUCUGAUACGAAGGCGCAGCAGUAGAGAGCAAAAGGAAUUACGAAAUCUUGUCAUUCCAAAGUCUUUGGCAGCACAGUGACCCAGAAGAGACCGACUUCUCUCGCAUACAUGCCAACAUAUUUACUUUGGACAGAGGCUGUCUGCCCUGAUGCGAUCCUUCAUCUCCACGAAUCUCGCGCUACUCCCAGCAAGGGCCACUUUUGGAGCAGGCGGUAACAGAGCGGACUGCAGCAAGGCUAGUUUAUUCAAAGCUGCUGCCGCGCAGUGUAACUUUAUUGUCAUGUAUUUGCCUGUUUCUCACCGUGAAUAGUUUUGCCACUGAAAGUGUCAGAGCAGAAACUCCUAAUUGAUUAUGCACAAAAGUGUGGACGUGUCCCGUUCUGAAAGUCUGCGAGCGCCGAUCUUGAACGCAGCUGCUGCUUCUGUUCCUGUGGUGGGACUCGUAGUGACUUGUUGUGAGUGUGUAGGUCAGGUGGAAUACAGUCUAUGGAAGGCUGUAACCAGGCCUGUCGUUCAUGACAUCGACCAGUCUUGCUUCGAGAGGGACACCGACGUCGUGGAAACGGAUGAGAGAGUCCUCGCCAAGGCAGCCGAGAUCAGAGUAAGAAGACCGCAGCACCUACCGCUGGAGCUGGAAAAUGCAGUGGCGGUGGAAAACUUGGAGCUUCAGGAACAGCAGUCGGACCGCAAGGAGCUGGAGGAGACUCUGGUUAAAUUAGAGAAACACAAAGAGAAGCUGCUACAGCAAAUAAAGGCAACUAGACAGUUCUGCUAUGAAGAAAGUCAACAGAUCCUGUCUCUGCAGGCAGAGGAGGUGCAGAAGGAGAGCCAGGUGGAGGAGUAUGAGAGGGAACUUGCCAGAGCCAGGUGGAGGCUUAGGAAGCUCAGAGAGGAGGUGAAGCAGGCCAAGAGGAAGGUGGAGGAGGCUGGAGAGAGGAACACUCCUCUACAAGACUCCAUCAGGCAGUCCUAUGAAGAGAUCCUGCAGGAGGAGCACACUCUGUGUUCUCUGUCAGGAGGUGCAGUCACUCCAGAAAGCCAGCUGGAGGAGUCAACAUCUCCUGCAGACACCACUGAAGAUGAUCCGCUUCCUAUGAGGCCAUGGGGAAGGAGCCAAUCACUGCCCGCCUAUGCUGACCUGAUAAUGAGGGCCAGUGGCUCGUCUUUCUGCAAUAAUCUAGCAGAUACCAGAGAAGAAGCAGACGACAGCGGGACCAGCUCACCGAAGAUGGACAGAUCUGACAUAGAGGAUGACCCAGAGGAGGGGGAGAUCGACGAUGAAGGGGAAAAUGAGAGAGAGAAGGAAGACUCCACUUUUAUCCCUCUCAGCCAACUGGACUUCUACCAAGCCGACCCCUUCGCCCACUGUCAGAGUGAUCAUGACCUCUUCAAUGAAGACCUGUUCCCUAAAACGGACUCAUCUGAUGGAUUCGCUUCAGACCCUUUCAAAGGCAGCGACCCCUUUGCAGCAGAUAUUUUGUUCCCAGAGGUGAACGUCGGCACAGAUGAGGGGGCUGGAAAUGUUGUUGAUGAGGCGGACACCAGUCUGUCCUGUGCAGAAAACAAAGCCUCGACAGGAACUCAGUGCUUUGAGUCUGAAUUCCCAGAUGAAGACAGCGACAUAGAGAUCAGUUACAGCCGAGAGGACCUGGACGCCAUCGCUGUGGUCGAUGAUUCUUGUGGAUUUAAACCCAUUCAGAGCUCGUCAGAGGAGCUGGGGCCAGAGCCCAUCCAGGGCUGGAGGUCCCAGGGUCAGUAUUCUGUAGAAUCAGACCCUAAUGGGUAUGAGCUGGACCUUGGCACUGUCUCCCCUCCCUCUGACAUAGACGAACACAGUCUGGGAUCUCUAGCUGGAGAGGCUAGCGCUGAGGCAACAGAAGGACUGGAACAAGGUCUGAGUUCUGGUUCUGCUCAGGCUGUCCCUGAGCUCGCCGAACAAGUCCUCUUGGAACCAGAUUGGACAGGCAACAUAGAGCAAACUCUGUCACGUGAUGUUACCUCCAGUCAGGCGGCAGAAUGGGUUAGCAACAUCGAAGACAAACCCCAAAAUCCUGCAACUCCCCAAAACUCACUAGGCUCCCAGAGCGUCUUCAUUCAGCCUGACUCAGAUCAGAACAGAGAACUGAGCUUUGAGUUGAGCUAUGAACCAACCAGUCAGUCUUCCUUUGACCCAUAUGGCUUUAAACUCAGUCCAGAACAUUCUAGUCACACUCUCUUAGACCCUGAUGAAGCUGAACUGAGCCCAGAACCCCCUGAAAACGAUCUGACCUUUGACCCCGAGCCCUCCUCUUCUCAACCAGACCAACUGAACUUUGAUCCAUAUGGGUUUGACAUCACUUCCUCCCAGAUGGUACAGGACUCUGACCCUUAUGGCUUUAAGCUCAGCCCUGAGGAAGAGAACCGGGAGGUACUGGACCUCUGUGGCCAUCUGUGGCCAGGAGGCAAUGGACCUUUGCACUUGUGACAACAAUGAGCAAGUAGAACCCUCUAACUAUAGCAACCAGGAAGUAAUGGAACCUCGUAACCAUGAUGACCUAGAAGGGCUUGAACAUUGUAGCCACAGUAACCAGGAACUGCUAUGUUUGUGUAACAAUGGAAACCAAGAAGUGCUGGAACCUUCUAGCCUUGACAACAGGGAGUUAGUUAGCAAAGAAAACCAGGACCUCCUGGAUUUCUGUAGUGAUGACAACCAGGAGGUGGUGGAACCAUAUCACAAUAUCACCAUUGAGGAACUACUUGAACCUUGUAACUAUGGUAACCAAGAAGUGCUGGAACCUUGUAGCCAUGGCAAUCGGGAACUGCUGGAUUUCUCCCAUCCUGAAAAUCAGGAAGUGCUGGAUUUAGAUAGCCAUGGCAACCAAGAACUACUGGAUUUUGGUAGCAAAGAAAAUCAGGAAGUGCUAAUUUCAGGUAGCUACGGCAACCAGGAACUCCUGGAUCUCUGUAGCAAUGAAAAUCAGGAAUCGCUAGACUUAGGUAGUCAUGACAACCAGGAGGUGCUGGACUUGUUGAGUAAGGAAGUUGUCCCCGAAGCUAACAAUAACCAAUGCAUUGUGGAACCAGAGCUAAAUGUCAGUCCCACCAAUAACAGCUCAGACAGUGAUGUGGCAUCAGAAGACCUGCUGGGACUCGAACUCAGUAACACCAGUAUCUGCACUACCAACAAAACAAACACCAGUACUGCUGACACCUUCAACAUGGCUAUCAGCAACAUGUCUGCUAACCAGGACUUCGCUACAUCCAAUGCUCCCACCAGUCACAACUUAUUAGAAGGUGAUCUGGGUUCAGUGUUUGGGGCUGGAGGAUACAUUGGUUGUCCUGAUGUAGCUGACGACCUAGAGCCUCUGGACAGAAGGCAGGCAAACCCAGUAGCAGAGCCAGUACGACCGGUCAGACCAGUUAGGCCUCCUCGGCCCUCGCUCAGGGCCAAGGAGAAGGCUCAGUCCCAGACUCAGGGCAUCGACCUGAAGUGAUCUCUCACCAACCGACACUCAUGUCAGCAGGGUUCCCGUAACAACAAUGACAACACAAGAGAUGAAGAGGAUGAGGAGAGAAGUAAGAGGACGGGCGAUGAAAUGGAGACAAAGGGGAAUGGAAUGAAGGAGGGAUGAUUAAAUCGAAAGGAGGGAGAGAUCAUCCUGCUGUUAUUUAUGGCAAUAAUUCUAGUUUCAGAUGUUUUUAUGUUUGCAGGUUUCAAAGGGAAAAAUUAAAGUCAGAAUGGAAAGAUGAGAAGUACGCAAGAUGUAAAAACUACAUGGGACCAGCUGACCCCACAAUAUUUAAUGAUUACUGUUAAGGGAACCUGAUUGGCUUAUGGCUUCAGUCUAUUUUGAGGGAUUUAUCCCUGAUUCAGGGUUGGAAACAACUAUAUGAAAAUUAACGACUAUGAUUCCCUAGUGUUUUUACCCCAGGUGAUGCUUGUCAAUCAACCGUAAGGCUGAUGUUAUCUGUUAUUUAUUCACAAUAUCAGCUACCAACACACUCCUGUGUCCUCUGAGUCUCUCAGUUAAGCUUUCCAUCCUUUCCGACAAGUUCUGACAGGGCUAAUUGGUCCACGUGAAAAUAAUCUUCCCUAUUUUGACUUGAGCUUAGUGGUGGAGCAUGUGUAAGUGGACUGUCACAUAGAUAAAAUGUAUAGAAAUUAUAUACUCUGCUAUUGUGGUUUUCAGAUUAUGUAGUCAAUCGGUAGUUUUAGGUCUGAAUUGGAUGAGAGCUGUAGAGAGCGUUUGGUCGUGUUGUACAGUGAGUGCAUAUCUAACCGUCACCAUGGUUACAUGCCCAGUGUUUUUAGUCAGCAGUUUCUUUAAGGUGCUCCUUAAAAAGUACUUUAACAGCAGGCUGGAAAGCAGUGUUUCACUGCCAUCUCUGGCUUAAAGCUUCGAGCCCGGUUCCCCUCUGACCUUUGUUGAACCUGUAACUACACCCAACAGUGAUGUCACGGCAUCCCGGAGUACGCCUGCAUAUCACUGCCGCAAGGUGAGAGGUUAAACCACUGGACGUCAGCAAAGACAAGAUUUUCAGGGGGCGUUAAGUUACUCUUUAAAGCAGUUUAGCCUCUGAACGGCAUACUGGAAUAUUCGAAUUAGCAGCAGUAAACAAAUGGACCAUCAACACUGAAAACGUUAACUGCAUUUCAUUACAUCAGUGUCCCACUUCCACACGAUACACUAAUAAGGUUAAAUAAAAUCUGUUAGUUGGUAGGUAGUAUACAAGGCAGUGAUUUUCUUUACUGUUUGGUACUAACACAGAAGGAUGGGGUGAAAGUUUAUGCAGACACACGUGAAACUGCGACUUUGGAAGACUACUGCCAAUUGCAAAUGAGAAAACAAAAACAGUGUUUACAAGGAUUUUUUAGUUUAUCUGUUUCCCGAGCUGCCGCAGGAGUCUUCACACCACUGUCUGCUCUUUCCUUCACCAGUUCACAGCUGUGAAAAGCCAGUGUGCUGCAUGUGGGCCAGAGUGCCCAUCAACACAACACUCAAAACAUUAGAAACCACUUCUUCACUUGGCUAAGUGUGACCACACUAAAAACCCAGGUGACAUUAGUGGUAACUAGAGCUAAUAUAAUAAUAGCUGGUUUAGCUUAUUACCCAUAUAUAGGUAUCACCAUAUAUGGCGGCUGAGUACCAAAACAUUAAAACACAGAAAUGCCACAGAUGUGUUCGAUAGUAAACAUGGUAUCUAUUGCAGAGUUUGUCCAGCAGGGAGAACGGGCUGCACUGUAAAAUGUGCCACUCGCUGCGUGUCUUGGUCCUACUUCUCUAAGAGCCACAUUUAAGUGAUCCCCAUCACGUGUGUGUCUAAAUGAUGCAUUUAUGUAAAAAAUGAAUCUUGGCCUAUAUGUCAUUUCUUUAAACUCUCAGAUUUCAACAUCGGUACCAGCCUCAGUUGGGCGAUAGCUGUACUACAUGCUGAUUGUCAGAGUUUACUGUUGCAGCUGGAACUCAAUAAAUCAUUUUAUCUCCCAGUAUUUCCUGACAGGAAAUCAUACGAAGUGCCACUGCAGAUGAAACUUUCCAAACAAAGCAACAAAGAUUUCCUACUUUGUUUGGCUUUCUGGGGUGUCUCACUCCACUCCACAAAGUCCUUAUUUUUUCACUGUGAGCAGCUCAUGAAUGCAUUAGUGCAUUGCAUUGUGGGACAAUAGUUUACAUCAACAGCACACAGUAUCAUACAGCAUAUUUAAUGACGCGUGAACACACAUACUGCUUACAGUUAGUGUGAAGUAUGGAAGUGGGCCAGCCAGAGUCCGGGUCCGGGUCCGGGUCCGGGCACGUUUGAGCCCACAGAGCUUCUCCUCAGCGCAUAACAGUGAUGAAGAUCGAAUAUGCGUUUGAAUGCACUGAUUCAGCACCCCUCUUGUAGGCAGGCCAUGUAAGCUCAGCGGGCUGUUACAGAAAUGCCACCGACCCCGACCCCGACCUGGCGUCCUCUGAGUCCCGGUGGCUGCUGCUGCAUUCCGCUGCUGUGGAAUAAUCUGAAAAAAGACUUCCCGAUCAUAUUUCACGGCUCACCUGAUCCGGUUCCUUUGCUCUUCGUUAUCAGCAUGCUGUUGUUUGUAGUGUCCGUGUGGUUUCCACGUUACGACUUAAAGCUCCAAACACACCAAAGUCGGAAGAACGAGCAUCCGAUGAGCAUGUGAACGCACCACGGGCCCGUUGGCUCGCCGAGAGAGCCGCGAGCUGGCACUGAAGCCUCCGCCCCCCCCACACACACACACACACACACUGGGGAACCGACAGGCUCCGUUAGAUCUCAGCAGUGCGCAUUCAGUCCACCGUGCAACCAGUCCAGUAGGCCUUCACAGAUACAAGCACAUCUGCAUGUACAGAAGUUUGCUCCUUACAUAAAAUGAGGACUGUGAAUGUAUGAUAGCAUAUUGGUGUGUCCGUGAUGAAUUGUCCACCCUCACACUGCUAAAGGAACAUUUCAGUUAAUAUUAAGUUUCAGUUCUACCUCAUUGCUACUUUUCCACCAGUGCAUGAAAACACUGUGAAGCCUGUAAAAGCAGGAAACAUCUGCACCAAGUCACUAACCAGCCUGAGACAGCCUGCCGUUCUGCUGGCUCUAAGUCAGCACACCUAAUAUUCAUACUUCAUAUGAAUGUAUUCAUGUGAGCCAGUUUUCAGCGCUGUCUUUACAAAGUCAUUCAGUUAAAUGUUGCUUAUGGAUCAAAACUGUCUUUCAUACAAUACAAUAAACAUGCAGGCUUGACACAGACUUCGAUUUAACUGUGGGUGAUAUGGAGGAAUCCUCUUAUCGCAGUAUAUGUAAUUUCAUGUCAACACAUAUAUAUAUAUAUAUAUAUAUAUAUAUAUAAUAUAUAGAUACUGCAAUAUAUUACAUUUUCUGAGAAGUCCAUUCAGAAAUUGUUAAUAGAAAAAAUAACCAGACAUGAAGUUCUACCGUUAAAGCAAUCCGGUUCACUUCCGAUUUACAGAAUUGCCCACAAAAACCUUAUACAGCCGGAUAUUACAUGGGAUAACUGUGAUGAUAGUAUAAUAGAAUACUGUUCUUGUGUACAAUACUAAUCAUAGAUACAUAAUCAACAUUUUUCUGGACUUUUCUCUCUACAGAGAAAGGGUUCUUUCAUUUGAAAUGUUUUUGCAGUUUCUGCUUCCAUUUUGAACCACCUUACAUUUUAUUUAUUAGAUUUAUUCUUCUAUUUAAAAUGUAGUCAUUCACUAUUUAACAAUAUCUGUCCAUGAUGAUGACCAAAUAACAUCACUUAAGAAAUGUUUGUUUGUUUGUUUAGAGUUCAUCUUUCAAUCACAUGAUGUAAUGUCAAAUCUUUCACUUUGGCUCAUCUGUGAGAAAGUUUCUCUAAAGGGCUUUUCACACUGCAUUUAGCCCCAGGCUAAGAGAGUUGUUAGCCCCAGGCUAAGAGAGUUAGCCCCAGGCUAAGAGAGUUAGCCCCAGGCUAAGAGAGUUGUUAGCCCCAGGCUAAGAGAGUUGUUAGCCUCAGGCUAAGAGAGUUAGCCCCAGGCUAAGAGAGUUGUUAGCCCCAGGCUAAGGGAGUUGUUAGCCCCAGGCUAAGAGAGUUGUUAGCCCCAGGCUAAGAGAGUUGUUAGCCUCAGGCUAAGAGAGUUGUUAGCCCCAGGCUAAGGGAGUUGUUAGCCUCAGGCUAAGGGAGUUGUUAGCCCCAGGCUAAGGGAGUUGUUAGCCUCAGGCUAAGGGAGUUGUUAGCCUCAGGCUAAGGGAGUUGUUAGCCCCAGGCUAAGGGAGUUGUUAGCCUCAGGCUAAGGGAGUUGUUAGCCCCAGGCUAAGAGAGUUGUUAGCCCCAGGCUAAGAGAGUUGUUAGCCCCAGGCUGGGGCACACACAUUAACCCUGGGUUAACAAUGUGUGUGUGAAAAGGGGCUAAGUUAUCCCAGAGCUAUUCUUAGCCCUGGGAUAAGAAUAUGCAGUGUGAAAUAUAUAUAGGUAGAGCCCCCACUGCUCAUGCUAACUACCCAGUUCUUAUUCUAUUAAUCCAAACAAACCAGAAACAUUAAAUGCAUCUUCCUGUUUGGCCCAGUUUCAGUUUUAUGAACUGGCUGUAGGCAGAACCAACAUCUUUUAUCAAAAAGUUUCAUAAAAGCAGCACCCAUAAGACCAGAUUUGUUCCUAAGAGAACUGUGGGAACAUUUCCCAGUUUUCUACCUGAAGUUUCCUCUUAAAGCACGAGGGAAAUACACAAGUGUUCCACUGAGUGAAGCUCUCCAAAGCUAAAACAGGUUUUGACUGAUAAAUGGUAUCUGUUACCUUACUUUUAAGAAAUGUUCACUGACUGUACAUAGGCUCAUGUAGCACAAUACACAUCUCAUUCCGUGCACUGUAAAAAAUAAAGGUUAGCAAGCAAUUUUAUUAUUUACACAGAUACAUAUACAUAUUUAUUUUGUAUGUAUUUAUUUAUUUUUCUUUGUAUUUAUUUACAUUCUGCUUAUAAUAUCUGUUACAUGAUCAAGACAUGGACAUGAUUAGAAUAUUAUCCAACGCAUAUGUCAGAGCAGGAAUAUUGUUCAGAGAGAGAGAGACAAAGAAGAUAAAGUUGCUUCUGGAGCUUUUCAUUUUUUGCAGUGUGUGUGUUUUCUAUGAAACAGAUGGAUGCACUUUAAAAGCCAUGGUUGAGUGAAAUGAUAUUCAAAACUACUUCUGUGUUUUGCCAUGGUGAAGCCAUGGUUUCUUGUGACAAUAAUACAUUUAUGUGUGAUGUCGUGUGUGUUGUUGUCUAAAUGUGAGGUUCUGUGUUGGAAAAAUUAAGAAAAUAAAACUAAUCUAGAAUUCCA